AUGUUAACUUCUAGUGUGAUAACAGUUGUUGUGUAUUUCACAGUAUCAAGUUUCGCGUUGCAAAAUGUUCAAGGAACAAAACCCGUAUUGCAGAAAACUGUGGAAGCAUUGUUUAUGGACAGAUCUGAAACAAUUUAUCCCGGAACAUGUGAAGUGUUUAUAUCAUCAACGAAACAGUCUAAAAUUUGCAAACGGGAGCCAAGUCUACCAAAAGUAUUACAGACAGCUAAAAAGCAGGCGAUAAAUGCCUGCAUUGAAACGUUCCAAUACGAUCGAUGGAAUUGCUCCUUAGUCUUCAAUAGAAAAGCCAAUAAGAGUAUCUUCAAUAAGAUAUAUAGAGAAACUGCUUUUGUACAUGCUUUAAUUGCAGCUUCUAUAACUCACGCUGUCGCAAAAGGUUGCGCCUCAGGCGAUAUAACUAGAUGUUCGUGUAUAGGAAGCUUCAAGAACACGUCUUGGCAAAUAAAGGGAUGUGGAGACGAUUUCAAAUAUGGAAAGAAGUUAACGAAGAAUUUUCUAGAUCUGAAACAUGCCGGGAACGAUCAGAUUGGCGAAAUCCUAAAACAAGAUGUCCAUAUCGGCAUGGAUGCUAUCGGUGAACAGUUGAAGGAGGUCUGCAAGUGCCACGGUUUCUCCGGUUCUUGUACAACGAAAACUUGUUGGAAGAAAUUAGCACCGUUUAACUCAGCAAUGGGGCUCUUAAAGAAACAUUAUCACCACGCAAUCAAGAAGAAAUUAGUGAAUUACACGACAAAACGUGCUAUAGCUCCGAAGGCUAGGAGAAGAAUGGAGAAGGAUAGAAAGAGUUUGUUGUAUUUGCAGAAAACUCCCAACCUUUGUGUGAGUACGAAAAGCAGGGCUUGUAAGGACAGAAAUAAUUGUGCUACAUUGUGCUGUGGUAGAGGAUUUGUGGUUAUAAAAAGUUUUGUUCGUUCUCGAUGUAGGUGCAAGAUGGUCGAUUGUUGUGUUGUUAAAUGCGAUACAUGUGUGGAAGAAGUAGAAAAUUUUACUUGUAAAUAA